AUGCAUCUAACCUUGCAGCAGCAAACACCAACUCUGGUUGUAAUGCUCUACCUGAAACCAACUGUAGUCUUCCUGGCGAUGGCAUUGGCUAAACCUGCAGGUGGUGCCAUAUCCCUAGCGCUCCCUGGCUGCCCUGACAGGUGUGGUGAUGUGCCCAUCCCUUACCCCUUUGGCAUUGGCGCACAGUGUGCCGCGGUCAGCCUCAGCAGCUUCUUCAAUCUUGACUGCAAAAACACCUCCCACCCGCUGCAGCCGACGGUUGGGGGGCCAGCCGAUGUGGCCGUCAUCGUUGCUGAUAUUUCGCUGGAGCGCGGCGAGAUGAGGGUGCUCAUCCCUGUUAGCUACAUCUGCUUCACAUCAAGUGCAACCGUAUCGGCGAGCAAUAACGACACCGUGGGGUUCUGCCUGGAGGACACGCCGUUCCUCCCAUCCCCUGGGCGCAACCGCUUUACGGUUAUUGGCUGCAAUACCCUGGGUCUUGUUGGUGGUUUCCGCGGAGGCACGAGCCAGUACCUCGCUGGCUGCUACUCCUACUGCGAUGGUGCCAGUGGUGCGUCGGACGACGGAGCACCAUGCACUGGGACGGGCUGCUGUGAGGCAUCCAUCCCGACCAACCUCACCGCCUUCAAUGUGGCGUUCCCGAUUAACAGUAGCAGUGUGUGGGGAUUCAAUCCAUGCUUCUAUGCCAUGGUCGCCGAGGUCGGAUGGUACAGGUUCCAGCGCCGUGACCUCGCUGGCGAGCUUGGGUUCAUCAACAACAGGGCAAAGGAUGGUGCACCUGUCAUCGUGAACUGGGCGGUUAGGAAUGGAUCAUGCCUGGAGCAAAGAAACCACGCAUGUGCCAGUGCAAACAGUUACUGCGAGAGUGCGAGUAACGGACCUGGGUACUUGUGCCAUUGCUCCCCUGGUUACCAGGGUAACGCCUACCUCAACAACGGUUGUCAAGAUAUAGAUGAAUGCAUGCUGCGUGAGCAGGACCCCAAAUACGAGGAGUCGUAUCCUUGCAGGAACGGAGUCUGUCUUAACACUCCGGGAGGCUAUGAUUGUAAAUGCAACAAAAGAACCAAGUCUGAUGGCACAAAAUUCGGGUGUCGACCUCUGUAUUCUCGAGAUGAACAGCUAUUAAUAGGCCUGAGCGUUUCAGCCGUUGUGAUAAUAUCCUCGGCAUGCUUUUUGGCUAUGCAAUUACAAAGGAAAAAGCACAAGAAGGAGAAAGACGAGUAUUUCAAACAAAAUGGAGGGCUCAUGUUAUAUGAUGAGAUGAGGUCAAGGCAGGUUGACACGGUCCGCAUACUCACAGAAAAGGAGAUCAAGAUAGCCACUGACAACUACAACGAAGAUCGAGUGCUUGGAUUUGGCGGCCAUGGAAUGGUCUACAAGGGUACUUUGGAUGACCUCAGAGAGGUUGCUAUAAAGAAGUCCAAAGUGAUCAAUGAUGAUUGCAGGGACGAGUUUGUAAAUGAGAUCAUAAUCUUGUCGCAGAUCAACCACCGGAACAUCGUGAGGUUAUUAGGCUGUUGCCUGGAUAUAGAUGUCCCAGUGUUGGUAUAUGAGUUCGUCUCCAACGGGACACUAUAUGAAUUUCUUCACGGCAGUGCUGAUCACAAUCUGUCACCAAUUCCACUGGACCUUCGCCUGAAGAUUGCGACACAAUCAGCAGAAGCUCUUGCUUACCUGCACUCGUCGACAUCCCGCACAAUUUUGCACGGGGAUGUCAAAUCCGCCAACAUUCUGCUCGACGAUCAGCGCCACGCCAAGGUUGCAGACUUCGGAGCAUCGGCGCUCAAGUCCAUGGACGAAAGCGAGUUCAUCAUGCUCGUCCAGGGAACCCUCGGCUACCUCGACCCCGAGAGCUUCAUCAGCCAUGUCCUCACCGACAAGAGCGAUGUCUACAGCUUCGGGGUCGUUCUCCUUGAGCUGAUAACGAGGAAGAGGGCUCUCUAUGCCGAUAGCUCCUCCAAAGAGAAGAGAUCCUUGUCCCAUAGUUUUCUCCUGAUGUUCCACCAGAACAUGCACCUGAAGAUGCUCGACUCUGAGAUCGCAGAGGAUGCUGCCGCUAUGGUGGUCGUUGAGAAGCUCGCGGCCCUCGCCGUGCACUGCCUGAGCGCGAGAGGAGACGACAGGCCGACGAUGAAGGAAGUCGCGGAGCGGCUGCAGGUGCUGUGCAGGAUUGAGAUGCAUCCGGCCGGUGAUGGUGACAACGAUGAUGUCUUCUGUGGGAGCUUGGAGACUUACUUGAAAAUCCCAUUCUAA